AUGCAUUCUAAAGCCAUUGAAACGUCCGUGGCUGUGGAAAAGGCUCAUGAUGAGCUGAUCGAGGUCGAGGUCAACCUUGAAAAGCUCUCGGCCUCACAGACGUACGAUUACUCCGGAGCAACAAGCAAGACUGAUCCUGCGGAAAUUGCCCUCGUCAGGAAGCUCGACUGCCGAAUCAUGCCUAUGAUCUGGGCGAUGUAUUUCAUGAACUAUCUCGACAAACAAGCGAUCGCCUCAGCACGUCUCAAUAAGUUGGAAGACGAUAUCGGCCUCACGGGUUCUGAAUACAAUACCUGCAUUUCAAUUCUCUUCGUUGGAUACCUGUUGAUGCAGCUGCCAUCCAACAUGCUCAUGGCAUCCAAGAGGAUUCGGCCCUCAAUCUACAUGGGCUGCUGCAUGGCACUGUGGGCCGUAUGCUCAGCAUGUACUGCUUUAGUUCAGAAUUAUCACGGGCUCUUGAUCGCUCGCUUCUUUCUGGGAGUCGCCGAAGCGCCUUUCUACCCGGGUGCUCUAUUCCUCCUAUCCAUCUUCUACACAAGAAAAGAGAUUGCUACGCGUAUUGCGAUUCUGUAUUCGGCGAAUAUCCUUUCCACAGCAUUCUCUGGACUGAUUGCUGCUGCCAUAUUUUCUACAAUUGACGGAGCUCACGGAAUUGAAGGCUGGAGAUGGCUGUUCAUCAUUGAGGGGUCCGUCACAUUCGGCAUCGCGCUACUGUCUAUGUGGGCACUGCCGGACCAUCCUUCGUCAACACGCUGGCUUUCCGAAGGCGAGAUGGCGAUAGCCCAGGAGAGAAUUGCCAGGGAUACGGUGGAGAAAACGCAAUCUCAAAGUGCUCUCCAGAGCUUGAAAAUCGCAUUUUCCGACCCCCGCCUCUAUCUUCUGGCCUUGAUGCAAAAUCUCCAUCUGUCCGCCGCCGGAUUCAACAACUUCUUUCCCACGGUGGUCGGUACACUCGGAUUCGACCGCACGGUUACACUUGCCCUGACGUGUCCGCCGUUCAUAUUUGCAGCAAUUUUUGGGCCCCUCCUUGCGCUCAGCUCUGGGAGAUUUAACGAGCGUACGUGGCACAUCACCGCUGGAAUGGCCAUGGGAGUAGCAGGCUUUGUCAUCGCGGCCGCGACCCUCAACACGGCUGCUCGCUAUGUAGCCUGUUUUCUGUUCUCAGCUGGAGUGUAUUCCGUCAACUCCUGCAUCCUCGGAUGGGUCUCAGCGACACUCGGACAAACAACAGAAAAGAAAGCGAUUUCCUUGGGGUUCGUCAACAUCGUGGCCAAUGCAUCCUACAUCUACACCCCAUAUCUAUACCCAAGUUCUGACGGUCCGCGCUAUCUGCCAGCUAUGGGCGCCAAUGCAGGCUUCGCAACGGGAACCGUCAUUUGUGCAUGGGUACUGAAGGUCUGGUUGAUGGCGGAAAACAAGAAAUUGAAAGCCAGCUCUCGAGAUGGUGGACUUGCAUACGCUUACUGA